AUGGAAGGAAGGAGAAAAGGGGAGAAUGUUUUGGUACAUUUGGACAAGCGGAACCUACCUACAGAAAUAUGGGAACAUUUGAGAAUCUGCCCUCAGGAAUAUACAUGCUGCACCUCAGAAAUGGAGGACAAGUUAAGCCAGCAGAGCAAACUGGAGUUUGAAAACUUGGUGGAGGAGACAAGUCACUUUGUACGUACCACUUUUAUCUCCCGGCACAAGAAGUUUGAUGAAUUUUUCCGAGAACUUCUCGAGAAUGCAGAAAGGUCCUUAAAUGACAUGUUUGUACGGACAUAUGGCACACUGUAUAUGCAGAACUCGGAGGUGUUCCAGGAUCUCUUCACAGAACUGAAGCGCUAUUACACGGGAGGCAAUGUCAACUUGGAGGAAAUGCUGAAUGAUUUCUGGGCUCGGCUGCUGGAGAGGAUGUUCCAGCUCAUAAACCCUCAGUAUCAUUUCACUGAGGACUACUUGGAGUGUGUAAGCAAGUAUACAGACCAGCUGAAACCAUUUGGAGAUGUACCCAGGAAGCUGAAGGUUCAAGUGACUAGAGCGUUCAUUGCUGCACGGACCUUUGUUCAGGGGCUGACAGUAGGCAGAGAGGUUGCAAACAGAGUAUCCAAGGUCAGUCCCACCCCAGGGUGCAUCCGAGCGUUAAUGAAGAUGUUGUACUGCCCUUACUGCAGAGGACUUCCCACUGUGAAACCUUGCAACAACUAUUGCCUCAAUGUAAUGAAGGGCUGCCUAGCAAAUCAGGCUGAUUUGGAUACUGAGUGGAAUCUGUUCAUAGAUGCUAUGCUUCUGGUAGCGGAGAGAUUAGAGGGACCAUUCAACAUUGAAUCAGUCAUGGAUCCUAUUGAUGUCAAGAUUUCUGAAGCCAUCAUGAACAUGCAAGAAAACAGCAUGCAGGUGUCGGCAAAGGUUUUUCAAGGAUGUGGUCAGCCUAAACCAGCACCUGCCCUGAGAUCUUCCCGUUCAGUCCCUGAAAACUUCAGUACACGGUUCAGACCAUAUAACCCAGAGGAGCGACCUACAACUGCUGCUGGCACAAGUUUGGAUAGGCUGGUAACAGACAUUAAAGAAAAACUAAAGCUCUCUAAAAAGUUCUGGUCAACAUUCCCCUACACAAUCUGCAAGGACGAGCGAGUGACAGCCGGCUCGUCAAACGAGGAGGACUGCUGGAAUGGCCACACCAAGGCGAGAUACUUGCCUGAGAUUAUGAAUGAUGGCUUGACCAACCAGAUCAACAAUCCAGAAGUAGAUGUAGACAUCACAAGGCCAGACACCUUCAUUCGACAACAAAUCAUGGCCUUACGUGUCAUGACGAAUAAACUGAAGAAUGCGUAUAAUGGAAAUGAUGUCAACUUCCAAGAUACAAGUGAUGAGACGAGUGGCUCUGGCAGUGGAAGCGGCUGUACGGAUGACAUCUGUCCCACCGAGUUUGAUUUCAUCAUGACGGAAGCACCGCCUGUCGACUCGGACAGGAGGGAGGUGGAGGCUUCGGCCACACAACUUGGCCAGUCACUGCAGACAUUGCUCUUCGCCUUCAUCAGCCUCGUACUGCAGAGACAAUGGAGAUAAUCUUUAAACUGGCCGGAGAAACUGUGUUUUAGCUACAGAAACAGCCAACUUCCUUCUUUUCUUACACUCUUGGACAAUGGACCAUGCCACAAACACUUGCAGUUUUCUAUGCGAAGAGAGCAGUACUGCAACCUGCUUCCCUUUUUGUUUUCCCAAAGAGCACCAGGUGCCAGACUGAACUGCUUCCUGUUUUUUGCAGAUAUCUCUGAAGAUAAUAUCCACUCUUGAGAGAAUUCUUUCUCAGAUCUUUAUUACAGGAGACUUUCUAAGCUUCAUUUCCUUUUAUGCUGCAGAAGUAAAAGGAUCUUACAGUGAAUGUUUUUUUUUUUCCCUAAUGAAAAAAAAAAAAAAAAAAGAGGGGGGUGGAAAGAAACCAAUGAAGCAGUUUUCUUUCUGAGUUGGGCCUAACUCCAGGCUGCUGCCUGAAAGUCUGAAAAAUCAACAGAACAAAAAGACAAGAAAGAAAAAAAUGCAACCAUUCUUCACUGACAGCCAGGUUUCUUUUAGGAACUUCUGUAGAAUAAUUCAGGUCAUCAGAAUGAUCAUUGCUAUGAAGAGGCAGUCUGGAUUUUUUUCCAACACAAAAGUUUGUCUCAAUGGUGAAUGUCUUGCAAUCCAUCUGCCAACACUUCAGAUCGGUAUGAAGGUAGAGAAGCUGAAAAACAAGUUCUUCUUUUAGUACGAUAGUAACUCCGCUAUCUUCAGAAUAUCAUGGUACAGUUCCUUAGGAUUUAAAUCUUAAUGCCCAGUAAUAAUAAUUAAAAAAAAAAGAGUAGUAGCACGAUUUUGCCUAGCUUCUUUUAGUGUUUAUCCAUGUUAUGCAAUUGGCACAGAUUUCCACUUAGCUCACCAUCAGCCACGGUGGUACAGCUAAACAACUCUCCUGACAAAUCUUCCCUCAAGGGUUUGGGCAGAAAAUAAUCUCUUGUGAUAAAAUCUCUUUCCUUUUAUCACUGUUCUGACAUCAAUUAGGACUUUCUGCUACUAUGUAUAUUAUCCUACCAAGAUGGCAAUUCUCUAAUGGACUAACAAUGGUGACCAGAUCAAUAGUGUAUUUCACAUCUAACUACAUCUUCCAUAUCACUUAAUUUCAGUAUCACAGGGAUUUCUUCUACAAAUUUCAGAACAAACAAAUAUAUAGUACUGACAUGGAGAUUUCUUUCACUUUUUUAGUCUUAGUACGAUCAUCUAUUUUU